ACAUCCAGUAUAUAGUAUAUCAAUCGUCUGCUACUAAAAUUAAAAACCACCAGACCAAAAAAGAACUCGUCGGUUCUCGGCCAGAGAAAAGUAUGUGCAAUGUCAAAAUUUGUUUUCGAUAGUAUGCUGCCAAAGUACCCACAGUUCCAGCCAUUUAUCAGUUCGCAUUUAACCACAACCCCAAACAAUUCGUCAUCAGCAGCAGUUGCCGCCGCACUUGCCGUUGCCGCAGCCACCACAACUUCAGCGGCCGCCGCCAGCAUCAGUAGCAGCAGUAGCAGUAUUACCAGCCAAAAUAACAACAGCAGCAGCAGCAACAACAACAACAGCAGCAACAACAACAAUAACAGCGGCAGCAACAAUAGCAACAACAUCAACCUGCAAUCAUCAUCGUUAUCACCCAGUUCCAGUGCCCUGCAUCUUGGCAACCAGUUGCAUCAUCAACAUCUAAGUCAAUCCUCCAACUCACCGGUAUCCUCAUCAUCGCCAUCAUCGUCCGCCCUGUUCCAGCAACAGUCCCAUCAGCAACAGCAGCUCCAUCACCAACACCAUCACCACCAACAGCAACAGUCGCAGUACUCCUCACUCUCGGCCGCCCUUCAGCUGCAACAGCAGCAGCACAUCAACAAGUUAGCCGCUGCAGCUGCAGCCGCAGCCAGCUCCCAGGGAUCGCACGCCCAUCAGCAACUGUUGCUGACACCACCCUCGGCCGGCAAUUCGCAGACGGGGGACAGCAGCUGCUCCCCAUCACCGUCGGCCAGUUCCUCGCUGCAUCGCAGCCUCAACGACAACUCACCGGGAUCAGCAGCAAGUUCUGUAGCAGCUGCCGUUGCCGCGGCAAGCUCAUCGUUUGCCAUACCCACCAGUAAGAUGUAUCCAUAUGUGUCAAAUCAUCCCAGCAGCCAUGGCGGUCUAUCCGGCAUGGCGGGCUUCUCAGGCUUGGAGGACAAAUCCUGCAGCAGGUACACAGACACCGUGAUGAACAGUUACCAGUCGAUGAGCGUACCUGCCUCGGCGUCCGCCAGUUUUGCCCAAUUCUAUCAGCAUGCAGCCGCUGCAUCCGCCGUAUCGGCGGCCAGUGCCGGAGCUAUUGGUGUCGAUUCUCUGGGUAAUGCCUGCACACAGCCCGCCUCCGGUGUGGUGCCAGGAGCCGGCGGAGCUGGACAAAGUAUUGCCGAUCUACCGCGAUAUCCAUGGAUGACGCUCACAGAUUGGAUGGGAAGUCCUUUCGAGCGUGUCGUUUGUGGCGAUUUUAAUGGCCCCAAUGGUUGCCCGCGUCGACGAGGCCGACAGACCUACACACGUUUUCAGACUUUGGAGCUGGAAAAGGAGUUCCAUUUCAAUCACUACUUAACGCGGCGGCGACGUAUCGAGAUUGCGCACGCGCUCUGCCUGACCGAGCGACAGAUCAAGAUCUGGUUCCAGAAUCGCCGCAUGAAAUUAAAGAAAGAGCUGCGGGCGGUCAAGGAGAUCAAUGAGCAGGCUCGACGCGAUCGCGAAGAACAGGAGAAAAUGAAGGCUCAGGAGACGAUGAAAUCCGCCCAGCAGAACAAGCAAGUGCAGCAGCAACAGCAGCAGCAGCAACAACAACAGCAGCAACAACACCAACAGCAGCAGCAGCAACAACAGCAACAGGAUCAUCAUUCGAUCAUAGCACACAAUCCCGGCCACUUGCAUCACUCCGUGGUUGGCCAGAACGAUCUCAAGCUUGGUCUCGGCAUGGGCGUCGGCGUUGGAGUUGGCGGUGGUCUUGGGGCUGGCAUUGGCCCCGGUGGUCUUGGUGCCGGUCUCGGUGGCAAUCUGGGCAUGAUGAGUGCCCUAGACAAGAGUAAUCAUGAUCUGCUAAAGGCUGUCAGUAAGGUGAACUCUUAAGGGAGCUGCCCUAAUCCCGGCACCACCACCACCAAACCAACCAACCAACCAACCAACCAACCAACCACCACCACCGCAUCGUCGUCACCGUUUUGGCGUUCUAUCGUCUAUUUCUGUCUGUGUAGUGCGAAGUAAACAAACAAAAACAAAAGUUGAUAACUUAAAUACGUAAAACUUUACAUAGUAAAUAGUUGCCUAAGUCUACAAAUAAUAACGAAUAAUGCAUAUAUACAAAAAACAUAAAUCUAACUAAAAACAAAAAAAGAAAAGCAAAUGCAGAAGUAUAGUAAAUUCACCGAGGAAUGGACACAGUGUAGACAAUAUAUAGCCUAUGUGAUAGGCAAUACCAGCCGGAGAAGAAUCGCUGAGGAAUAGCAAAUUCCUCCCAAAUGAUUUUAAGUCUCAUUGUGCCCCAGACCUAGGCGAAUGCAUUAUAUAAUGGAUAACUUGAUCUAUUUAGAAUAGCCGAUAAAUGCUUAAGUAGUGCUACAAUAUAUAUACUAUAUCGGGAAUAGCUACCACAUACAUAUAUCUAUGUAUGUCGGAGAUUUAUUUGAUAUAAUGAGAAAAUGAGCGAUUUUUGAUAGUCAGAAAAACUCCGUAAGUUGACCCAAAAAGGCAACGAGACGAGUUCCGAGUUCAACUGUAAAAUUAUUUGCGACUGCUGUAGGAUUACAUACCAACUUACUUAUGUACGUACUCUAGUGCUAGUGUGUGUGUGUGUGUGUGUGCGUGUGUGUGUGCUAUAUGGCAACACAUUUAACUCUAUAUACUCACACACACACAUAUAUAGAUCGU